AUGGCUGUCUUUCCGAACAAGAAAUUUCGCGGCGCCGCCGAUGCCAACAACUUCGCUACCAAGUACCGCGCCUUGAUGGCCAAGCAUCCCUUCCUGCUCUUUGGUCUACCGUUCAUGUCCGUCAUUGUUGCCGGCUCCUUCGUGCUGACGCCGGCGACCGCCGUGCGGUAUGAAAAGCAUGACCGCAGGGUCCGACAAAUGACUCGCGAGGAAGAGCUGGGUGUUGGCAAGGCUGGCCGCAGAGUAAACAUGAAGGACGAAUACUACAGGUUGGCUGCCAAGGAUCUCGAUGACUGGGAGCAAAAGCGUGUCAAGCGGCUCCCCGGUGAAAACGACGGCAUCUUGUAG